AUGUCUGCAGCACACAACUAUCGUCAUAACCAGCAUCUUCCACCGAGCCCACCACCGUCGCCUUCGUCUACACGACGAAGACAAAAGAAGAAACCAGAUCCUUUUGAAGAACUCGCCACUGCACCAAUACCAUCGUUGCCCUCUUCUCCAGCAAACGAGCUGGACGACGAUCAAGAACCCCUUCUAAAACGGAUUAUCCUUACUCCUGUACUAUUCAUAUCCUUCCUUCUCUCCCUCUUCCUCGUCAACUACCGCAACCGCGCCCGCCGAACAGAAGCACACUUGCCCGGCCUCUCCCUCCUCACCUAUCUCGCUCCAUCCAGCUGGCUAGAUCCAGAACCCUACCAAGAUCCUGAUGAUUCAACAUGGGAUCGAAGGGGAACCACUGGACAUUUCGAGCCCCAUGACGCUAUAGGUCCUCGGCCAGACGAGCAAGGGGAGGAGAAACCAAACAAGAGGAAGAAGAAGAAGAAGAAGAAGAGAAAGUCAUGGCAUCUGAAUAGGAAGAUUAGAAAAAUAGCCAAGUUGGAGAUAGGCGAUGCGCUUGAGAUGCGAGGGCGCAUGAUUGUUGUCAUGUUUAUAGUAUUGGGAUUGGCUUGUGGCAUGUUGUGGAUGGGGGCCAAGUGGGUUAUUGUCUCAGCAUCGCAGCUGAUCUAUGGCGUGAAAGCCUGA